AUGCCCUCUCGCAAAAAGUUUUACAUGGCGGCCCAACAACAACCUCCCAAGGCUCCCCUUCAAGUGCCGUAUGCAUCGGAUGGAGAAGAGGUGGAAGUGGCCGUCGUCGUCAAUGACAAUACGGCUGUCGACAGUGGGGAGAAUCCUUUGCCUGCUGCUAGUAAUGGUAACGGUGCUGUCAAGGCAGGCCUGAGGCGCAACAAACGGCCAGUCGCGAUUGCCUUGGUACUCUUGGUGGCUACCAUCAUCUUAUUAGUGGUGCUGGGUGUGGUGCAAAAGGGGAACAACAACAACAAUAGCAACGGUACUACAGGUAGUAGUACAUCAUCCACAACUGUAUCAGCAGGUCCCACUACUAGUACUCAAGAAGACACUCCCGCAGACGAGAACAUUUUCCAUCAGGAACCGCCCGACACUGGAGGCACAAGAGUCACUCAAACCAACACUCCAAAUGCGACAACAACAACAACACCUAUUCCCACCACGCCAGUGCCCACUGUCCCUUUUGGAGAAGCUACGGUUCCCCCCACAAUGCUACCGGUACAACCACAACCUACUUUUCCAACGUUACCACCUGCCAUGGCGACCAACAACAACAACUCUAGUAGUAGUAGCAGUAGAAUACCCACAUUGCCACCACAAACGACUCAACCCACCCCCACGGCACCACCCGUCACGGCAACGCCCACCAAUACUCCCGGAGUUCAAGUACCCAAAGAAACACCAGCACCCAUCAUGGAGGCGCGAGACACUGCUCCUCCCACCACUGCC